UUCAUUUGAAUUCCGGCCACUCCAGUUGGAAGAGAAAGCCCAAUUAACAAUGUCUCAUAGUCGAUCUCACAACAGAAAAUCUCAACAGUCCAAGUUUUCAGUCUCUGUAGUUUCUUAGAGUAAAAACCUUGACGACACCCAAAAUGGGUUGCUGUAUCAGCACAAACAAGUCUCCUGGGAAACAGGCUGAGACCUCUAAAGUAAAAGAAGCAGCAGGUAAUGGCGAAUCUCAUCCUCCUCCUCCACCUCCAUUUGAAGAGGAAACUGUGAAGGAAGUGCUAUCAGAGACUCCAACCCCAAAACCCUCUUUUCGCAAUGUGGAAGCCCUGAAGAACCAUAAGCCCUCUUUCCCCAAGAUCGAAAAGGAGAAGCCUUCUCCCCCUCCAACCCCUCCUCUUCCACUUCCCCCCUCUUUCACCAAGAAGGGUGAAGAAAGAGCAAAUGAUAUGGAGAGCAGAACAACGCCUCCUCCUGAUCCAUCUCCAGCAGUAGAUGAGAUUUCUGAAGUGUCGGACAUGUGUAGCUUGAGCGAGACCGUGUCCACCACAACGAUUGGGGAAAGAUACCCCGUGGACGAUGGCGAGGUCCGACAGAGAGUGGACAGAUCUCCGGCAAAGAUCCCCAGGAAGCGCCCUGUAAACGGGGACUUACCCGGGAAGACAGAAUGGGGUGGGAGAUCUCCUCCGGCGAGAAGGUUGAACCAGUCGCCGGGAAGGAGAAAUGACAGCAAUGUCAUGAAACCAUCUCAGAUUCAUCAUCAGAGUACUAAAGACAUGGGUGGCGGUGGUGGUGGUUAUACGAGGAGACAGCGGAUCCCAGGGAGCGGCGGUAGUGUGAAACGAGAUCCGGGGGAAAGUUCCGGGAGGAGGUCUAGGUCUCCGGCGACAAGGCCUGUUUUGGGGCGAAGCCCAUCGUCGAGGGCCGUGAGGUCCCCUGGUCGGAUCACAGCUUUGGAUCAGGACAACGAAAGGAGACCGGAGGAAGCGAGAGAAGAAGGUAAUUGGCCGACAAAUGAGUCCCUCGAGAACCCACUUGUCUCAAUGGAAUGCUUUAUCUUUUUGUAGAACAAAUUAUUAGCAGAUUAGCAGUACAGUUUACUAGUGUUGUUUCGUUC